CAAAAGUCAAGUAUUGUUUGAGAGAGUGCCAGAAGAGGGAUUGGGCUGUCCACAAAGUCGUGUGCACUCGGUCCUCCAACUAGCAAAGAUAAUCUCGAUCGUGAAAGCACUACCACAUGAAAGAAGUUCAUCCGCUAGUCUGAUCCGGCGUAGGCGCCUGAUGGAACAAGCACCCAUUGAAGUUAUGGGUGAGCCACGACAAUAAAUGAGAGAGCCUGUAGACAGUCACAUUUGCAAACGAACCAGGCCCAUCGGUGUUUCGGGAACGAGCCGUCGCGUACAGGCGGGAUAGAUCUUCGGAGCUGUCGAUUUCAGAACACAUGAGCCGGCUCGUUAGAUCAGGACGUGAAUUGAUUGUUCUCCUACGGUCGACCGCUCACUGGAUCGGUCUAAUGGUUUCUUCCUGGUUGCUCGGAGAGGCCCAAUGUCCAGAUCGAUUACGUGGAGACGUGCCGGAUCAGGUCCGCCUCGUGAUGAUGUCAUGUCCCUGUGUCAGCAUCGACCGCAAUCGAGCCCUCUUGGGAAGCCCUGCGGCAAUGGCCCUGAGGUUCAAUGCUCCGUUUUGCCACGGAUCGUGACGCGUCGCCCUUUGCCGCCUUUUCGUUCGUCAUAAAAGCAGACAUCCGCCUUCUCCAGGUCAGAUCCAAACUUCCUUUCCUCCUCCAUGGUCCAACAGUCAGUUAAAAUAGCCGGCACCUCUGUGUCUCGUAUCGGACAUGGAUUGAUGCUCAUGACCUGGGUGCCCAACCCCGUCCCCGACGAGCAAUGCUUCGAGGCAAUCAAGGCCGGAAUCGACGCGCUCCCUGCGGGAACCAAGGCGUUUCUGAACUCCGGCUCCUUCUACGCUCAGGACUUCGGCACUGGGAACCUGCAGAUGCUUUCUCGCUUCUUCGCCAAGUAUCCCGAUUACGCCGACAAGACCUUCCUCUCGGUGAAAGGUGCCGCUGGGAUGCAAGGUCCCAACUGCUCCGAGGAGAAUCUUCGUUCCGAGAUGGAAAAGAUCGCUGGCGCGCUCGGGCCCAUCAAGAAGAUGGAUCUCUUUGAGCCUGCACGCGUCGACACCCACCGUCCGAUCGAAGAGACCAUGAAGACCUUGGCCACGCUCGUUAGGGAGGGCCACUUCUCCCAUAUCGGUAUCUCGGAGUGCAACGCAGACACCUUGCGCAAGGCCCAUGCCGUGCACCCCAUCGCGGCAGUCGAGAUCGAGAUCAGCCCUUUCUCCUACGACCAUAACCAGAAGAAAGUGCUCGCCGCCGCCGCCGAGCUCGGUGUUUCCGUCAUUGCCUACUCCCCUCUCGGACGUGGUCUGAUCGCUGGAAAGUACAAGUCGGCUGCGGAUCUCGAUGCCGGCGACAUGCGCCAAAACUUCACCCGAUUCAAAGAUGAGGCUAUUCUGAAGCACAAUGGGGAGAUCGUCGAGCAGCUCAAUCAAGUGGCGGAGAAGCGUGGAGUCACCACUGCUCAAAUUUCAAUUGCCUGGGUUGCAGCCCUGGGCCCGAACGUCAUCCCUCUUCCUGGAUCAUCGAAAGUGUCGCGUACCCUGGAGAACCUUGGAGCUGGCGACAUCAUCUUGACUGAAGAGGAACUGAAGCAAAUUGACCAGAUUCUCGCCAAGGGCGCCUUGGGUGAUCGGUACUGGGGAGCACCGGACGAGAAGGCACAUCUCUGGGGUUGAAUAACUUUCAACGAGAACAAAAUGUAUUACAUCAAUUCCUGAGAUAGAUAGUGUUCCACACCAUUGCAAUGAGAAAUGACAUGCUUCAAC